CAUAGAUGGUGGUUCAGAGUGAGAGCUGAAAGGCUGUAAAAGCUUUGGAAAAUGCUGCAAAUAAUUCAUUCUUUUGGGGGUGACAUUACCUACAUCAGUGGCUUUCGAAGGCUUGGCCCUACCCUCAUUCCACAGAGAACCAGGAAGGCUCUGCCCUUCUUGCCUUUCAUGAAAAAAAAAAAGCAGAGUGACAGGAGAAUUAUCGUCAAAAAGAAUCCAGUCAACCAAAGGAAGUACACACUCAGGGAAACGAUUCACGAUUAAAGGAGGAAGCUUUCAACCGUGGUUUCAGGACCGGCUACACUCUGAAGAGUGAAAUUUGAAACACACAGAUCUCCUGAUGGGCUUCAGAAAGAAAAGAUUCCGCAGGUUAAUGUUAGCUGGAGUUCUGCUGUGCGUGUUCAUACUAAUGCUCUCAGUGGUUGUAUAUCAAGAGAAACAGAUAGACUACAGUUGGCUAGAGUUUGGGGAUGACGAAACUUCAUUAGACAACUGCGACUGCAAGAAAAUCAUAGAGGGUGACAUUGAAGAGAUUGAACGUGCCAAGAUUCGAGCUAUCACAAGGACCUUCAAGAACAAAACAAGGGUUACCGAUGAGCAGUACAUAGAGCUGACAAAAGACUGCGAGAUUUUCCGUACGACCCACAAGUACCUUCCGGUCGUGUUAAAUGAAGAGGAAGAGGCCUUCCCACUGGCGUAUUCCAUUGUUGUCCAUCACAAGGUGCAGAAUCUCGAGUGGCUCUUGCGCUCCAUUUACGCUCCUCAGAACUUUUAUUGCAUCCAUGUGGACAAAAAGAGCCCAGAGUCCACUGUAAAAGCAAUUAAUGCCAUUGCCUCAUGCUUUGAUAACGUUUUCAUAGCCACUCAGCUGGAAGAGGUGGUCUACGCUAGCUGGAGUCGCGUCCAAGCUGACCUCAACUGCAUGAAGGACCUUUACCGGAUCAGUGAUCGUUGGAAGUACUUCAUCAACCUGUGCGGACAGGACUUUCCCAUCAAAACCAACCUGGAGAUGGUGCGUGCCCUUAAAGAACUGGGUGAUAGCAACAGCCUGGAGACCGAGUCCAUGCCCCCUCAUAAGGAGGUCAGGUGGAGGAAGCAACAUAUUGUGAAAGACGGCACCAUCCAGAAUACAGACAAAGACAAAGUGCCUCCUCCCCAUGGCACAAAAAUGUUUUCAGGUGGUGCAUACAUUGUGGUGAGUCGUGCCUUUGUUCACUAUGUCCUUGAAGACCCCAAAGCUCAGGAUCUGUUAUCGUGGUCCACUGACACCUUCAGCCCCGAUGAGUUUAUUUGGGCCACGCUGCAGCGCAUCCCUGGCGUUCCCGGGUUCAUCCGCGCCCACCCUAAAUUUGAUGUAACGGAUAUGAACAGCAUCUCCCGGCUUAUUAAGUGGGCGUACCACGAAGGGUCAUAUGAUGCCGUGUACCCACCCUGUCAGGGCAUUCAUGUCCGUGCCGUUUGUGUGUACGGGGUCGGGGACCUGCAAUGGAUGCUAGAACAGAACCAUUUAUUUGCUAAUAAGUUUGAUGUAGACUUUGACCCUAUCGCCAUGCGAUGCUUGGGGAAGUAUCUCAGGCACAAGGCCCUGCACUUGCAACAUUGACAGUACUAUCUGCUGCAAUGACUGGUUGCUAACUCUUUAAUCCAUAUUAGCUACUAUGGAAUUUAUAUGAAGGGCAUACAGCGUGGGGCGGCACGGUGGCGCAGUGGGUAGCGCUGUCGCCUCACAGCAAGAAUGGCCUGGGUUUGAUUCCCGGCCGGGUGACCAGGGUCAUUUCU